GGAUAACUUCCUUUUUUUGUAGCUUCGUUGACGCUCGCCUGAGAGGUUCUGAGCCAAUAUUUACAAGUUUUUAUCGACUGUGGAGUCGGUCUUGGGCUCCUUCGGUAAUAAGGAUGUAAGUGGAGACACGUGGAUGUAGUUUGGCCCGCCUAUGGCUUUUGUUUGAGUUCGUUUUUCACUAGAGCCUCAAUGUUUUCGCCCAACAUGGAAACAAAAAGAUUAGAGAUCCCCUCUGGCAUACUGGACGACCUCUGCAGUCGAUUCAUUCUACACAUUCCCAGUGAGGAAAGGGACAACGCUAUCCGGGUGUGCUUCCAGAUUGAGUUGGCACACUGGUUUUACCUUGACUUCUGCAUCCCGAACACUCCAGCCGCUCCUCACUGUGGGAUAAGAGACUUUGCCAAAGCUGUUUUCCAACACUGCCCUUUCCUUUUGCCCCAUGGAGAAGAUGUGCAGAAAGUCCUCGAACAGUGGAAAGAGUACAAGAUGGGUGUCCCUACUUAUGGCGCAAUCAUUCUUGAUGAGUUAUUAGAGAGUGUAUUGCUUGUUCAGGGCUACCUUGCAAAGUCAGGCUGGGGCUUUCCCAAAGGGAAAGUGAAUGAGGAUGAAGCGCCUCAUGAUUGUGCCGUUCGUGAAGUGUUAGAAGAAACAGGCUUUGACAUUAAGAAUUGUAUUGACAAAGAUAUGUACAUAGAGCAGAAAAUCACUGACCAGCUUGUGCGGCUCUAUAUAAUACCAGGAGUAUCCAAGGAUACAAAGUUUUAUCCCAAAACGAGAAAAGAAAUCAGGAAUAUCGAGUGGUUCCCGAUUGAAAAGCUACCAUGUCACAGGAACGACAUGACCCCAAAGUCUAAACUUGGACUUGCCCCCAAUAGGUUUUUCAUGGCCAUUCCAUUCAUAAGGCCGCUAAAAGACUGGAUUAGCAGGCUGAAAGGUGAGCCUCCAGAUAGUGAUGACGACUUUGCAAGCAAUGGCACCACUCCGGGCAAAACCACAGACAAUACACGAUCCAAAUCCCGGCACAUCACUGCUAUUGAAGUAUUUUCUGGAGAUGGCUAUACCAAAUACAAGCAGCAGCAGAAGGAGCUGAGCCAAUAUGAGCUGAACCAGAGCCAACACUUAAAAGGCAAUGGGAAGAAAUCCCAGGAGUCAUCUUAUCUGAAGAAAGGACUAAAUGAAAAUGGAAUCAGCAGCCAGCAGAAGGAAGAUAAACGGGUCAUUUCCAGAAGACUACAAGACAGAUUUGAGAAAGGUGGGAUUUCAUGCAGUUCUUUUAAUGGUCAACAGACUGCCCAUCAAAAAGACUUGGAGCACCUUCUGUCAUCCAAAACAUUCCUCAGUUUUAAAUUUGACAAAGAUGCCAUCAUGAGAUGUUUUGACUUCUGAAGGUUGUUAAGAAAUGUACACCUGAUAUUUGUUUCAUGUCAGUUUUACAUGACAACACAGUGUAAGGACAGUUUUCAUCCAGCAACCUUCCUCAGUGUGGACUUCUGACAUUUGUUUGACAUUUGAGUACAUUGGUGUGGAUGAUCUGCCAAGUAAUUAUUGUUCAGCUAUUUGUAUUUUAAUCAUUUCUAAAAACCAAUUUAGUAUAUAUGCCUCUAAUCUAGUUGCAGUUUUCUUUUGAAUCCUGAAGGAAAAAAAGGUGUUUAAAUUGAUUACUUUACUAUCAAAAGACUAAAAUUUUACAAAAAAAAAAAUUAUAUAUA